AUGGCUCGCUCAGCUGAUCUUGCCGUCGAAACGGGGGACGUGAGGACCGAGGCUUUUGAGAUGGAAUCUCAAUCACCACAUGCCAUGAGCAACAUUGACGAACCUUCCACCGACAAUAUGGUAAAUAUCGCCACUGUCGAGCCUAUUCCUCCUAACGGGGGCUACGGAUGGGUUUGCGCCUUUGCUGUUUUUCUCAUCAAUUCACAUACCUGGGGCAUCAAUGCUUCCUGGGCCGUCAUGAUGGCUUAUUAUGCAACCCACCCAAAGGAGAUGCCAGCCUCGUUCUUCGAAUAUUCCCUCGUUGGCGGGCUUUCCAUCUCGGCGGCCCUCAUCAUCUCCCCGCUUGUCACUAUCGUCCGCAAGCGCAUCGGCCUACGCUUGACCCUCAUCCUCGGUUCUGUUCUUCUAUUCAUCUCGCUCAUCACUUCUUCCUUUGCAACCAAGAUCUGGCAACUUUUCCUCAGCCAAGGAGCCUGCUUUGGACUUGGCAUGGGCUUAUCGUACAUCUCUGGCGCUGCCGUGCUUCCUCCAUGGUUUACCUCCCGGCGAAGCCUGGCAGUCGGCUGUGCAACGGCCGGGGUCGGUCUAGGAGGACUGGUGUAUAGCAUCGCCGCGAAUCACCUUAUCGAAGACGUCGGAAUCCGCUGGACUUACCGCAUUCUCGCCUUCUGCGGCCUAGGCGCUAAUCUUCUCGCUGCCUUUUUGCUGAAGGAAUGGGGCGGCAGAACACAGCCGGACAUGAGAUUGGACGAGGAACGCUUCGACCCUCGCGACUUUGGGCGGAUCGAGAUUAUUCUCCUUAUCGUCUGGGGGUUCGCUACAGAUUUGGGUUAUGUCAUUCUACUAUACUCACUUCCCACAUACGCUUCCUCUAUCGGCCUUACACCGGCACAGGGUGCCAUGUCGAGCGCGUUGCUGAACCUGGGCAUGGCUUUGUCGCGCCCACUAAUCGGCUACAUCAGUGACUCGUUUGGUCGUAUCAACAUUGCCGGUAUCCUCACGUUUCUCUGCGCCAUCUCUUGCUUCGGACUCUGGCUCCCGGCGACGACCUACGCACCCUUACUUGUAUUCUCACUCAUCGGCGGCGCAUUGUGUGGCGUAUUCUGGUGCACCAUCACCCCCGUCAUGGUUGAGGUGGUCGGCAUUCGAAAGCUCGCAAGCACCUUUGGAUCGCUCUGCAUCGCCAUGGCACUACCAACCACCUUUGGUGGGCCUUUGGCCAUGCAGAUAGCAGGCAGUGGAGAGAGCCUCAAGUUUACAGAGGCACAGCUGUUUGUAGGCUUCAUGUUUCUGACGGGGACAUUGUCUGUGUGGUUCCUUCGGUGCUGGCAGAUCUUCAAGGUUGAGAUGGAGCAGGGGGACAACUCGACGACGACCGUUAGAGCGACGCGAUAUUGGGUUUCUUGGCUGACUCCGCGGUUUAUGUUUAGUGCUCGCCGAGUAUGA